AUGCUGACAGGUAAAUUUGAGAAGAUUUCCAAUAUUCCAGAUGAAACUAUGGAUACAGAAGAGUUGAAUGAAAAAAGGCGUGACAGCAAAUUGGAUGAAACUGUGGUACGAGAUGGAGGCUGGGCCUGGGUAAUAUGUUUUGCUGCCGUUGUCUGCAAUUUCCUUAUUUCGGGACUUAAUACCGCAUCUGGAAUCCUUUUAGUGGGAAUGCUGAACACAUUUCAAGAGUCUGUGACCAAGACAUCUAUGGUUUUUGCAAUGUUAAGUGGAGUGACAAUGAUGAUAAGUCCUCUGGUCAGUGGUUUUCUGUCUUUUUACAGUCACAGACAGAUAAUUAUUGCUGGGUCAUUGUUAGGAUCAUUUACUGUGUUUGCAAGUGCCUUUGUCUCUUCCAUUGACCUUAUGAUUUUCACAUUUGGAUUUGUCGGAGGUUGUUCUUUGGGGAUGAUCAUUUUUGCAGUUAAUGUUAUUGUAGGCUUAUACUUCAAAAAGAAACGAGGUCUUGCUGUUGGUUUAGCCAAUGCAGGAGCUGGCAUGGGAUUCAUACUGAACCUUGUUGUUUUUGGAGCCCUGUGCAGGCCACUCAAACAAAUAAAUAUAUCAUCAAAGAAGCAGAAUACAUUUGUCUCACAACAAAAUGAAGAAAAUGAUUUAGACCCAACAGCCAUUGCGGAGCAGAUUGAUGAUGAAAGAGAGGACAUGCUCAAAAAGUACCAAGCAGAGUCUUCCAUAAAGAAGGAAAGUCCUUCACAUAUUAAUGGUAGAUGCCUUGAACUUGGCAAAUCUAUUAACAAACUUCUGGAUUUCUCUGUAUUAAAGAAUGCUAACGCUAUGAUGCUGGUUAUCAUUUUCUUUCUCUGGUCUGCCAAUCAAGUAGUGAUGGUCUACCUGCCGUUUUACAGCAUCAAUGUCGGGUUGAGUACAGCAGAUGGAGCUCUGAUGAUGUCAGUCUCAGGAAUUGGCCUUACUGUUGGCGAGUUGCUUUCUGGUGUCCUCCUAGAUAUUCUUCACGUCAAAAGUGACCAUUUGAUGACUUUUUCAAUGAUUUGCAUGGGUUUUACCACUAUAGCCAUUCCAUUUUUUAAUGAUGUUUAUUCACUCAGUGCUUUUAUUGUGUUUUGGUCUAUAGCAGUUGGUGUUGGCGUUUCAUUGCGAGUGCUUCUUAUUGUGGACCUGCUCGGCGUGGAAAAUCUGGCACCAGUGUAUAGUUUUGUGUUGUUUUCCUGUGGAUUCGGCUAUGGCAUUUUCCCACCAAUCACAGGAUGGCUAUAUGAUCAAACCAAGUCUUUCCUGACCAUUUUCACAGCCACAGCUGCAUUCUUUUUUAUAAGCCUCAUAAUCACUAGCCCUAGCGCUCGCUGUUGCAGCAGCCUCCCUGGAUUGAUGAGGGCGUCUGCGGUCGAAUGUUUCAGCUGCCCUCGGCCUGGCAGUAGUGGCAGCAUUCAUAGCAUUUCGCACAGACCUACGGAGCGGUGUCUCAGCAGCCUUAGCGAUCGCCGUUACAGCAGCAUCACUGGAUUAACGGGCGCGCCUUACGUUUCAAAGAAGCCUUUGAUAAUGAGUCUCGGAAGCCCGAGAUGCAGAGGCAGUUGCUGCAGCCUGUACGUUCAUUCUCGACCGUUGUGCAUUCUUGAGCCUUGGUCGCAACGACGCCCUGCAGGCAGCUUUCCCAACCAAGCAGGUGGCACGCUCUUCUUGUGA